AUGUCGUCAUCAGUUGGUUCAGAUUAUAGACGAAAUUCAGAUACCAUCGUACGUUUUCGUAAUUCCCAUGAAGUUUUAUUCUGGGAUUCUGUUGAUUCUCUGGAGUGUGAGCUGAAUGCAUUGGUACACCGUGGGCGACUGUCAGAGGAGGAAGAUGGGAGAAUCCGGGAGGGGUCAUCCGGCAGAUUCACUGCUUUAUUUUCAAAAUAUUUAGUGAUAUCGGAACGAGUAUAUAUAGACCGUAUCUUUUCUGAAAAGCAAAUUCGAAUGGAUGUUUCCAUUUCACAAUUGGAAAAGCGGGGUAAAAUGAAAUAUACUGACUUGGAAACCUACCUUGCUAUUUACAGGAAAAGUUUGAAAGACAACUACAUCAUUGUUUAUCGAUCUCCAAAAACACUGGAAAUCACCUCAACAAGUUUGCAAAAAUUUCCGGAAAUCGUUAUUCCAUGUGAAAAAUUAUUGGGUGGGACUGAAGACAAGGUCAUUUAUUUUACGCUCCGAAACGCCGCAAACGGUGAUGUCAUUGGCGAGGCAGAUGUUUUCUAUUCACAUUUGAUUGCUGAUGGUAAAGUAAAUUUGAAGCUGCGAUCUCCUGAUAUCAACACUAACACAUUAUUUGGUGUAUCGAAAGACUCAUUUCAUCCAGUCGGAGUAUUACAUGUUAACUUCUGCAUGAACAACAACCUUAUGAAUUGUCCUUCACGUGGUAGCACAGAGUGUCGACAUCGAUCUUCAAUAGAACUCUCGUCGUUAGUGAGUUCCAUUGAGGAAGGUUGUCAACAUUUGGUCAAGAAUACUAACAAGGAAAAGUUGGGAUUUCCUCAAUCUUUCGGCAAUGUCAUGCUAGCUAGUGGACGAACGCAAGCAUAUCUGGUAUCGUUGCUGGCACCAACAAUUGAGGUACGACUACGACAACCGUUGAUUCGAUCUGCUGAAUCUUUAGCCAACAAUAAUUUUUAUAACUGUACCCCAGGCAAUUUUUAA